CAUCAUUGACAUAAUAAUAAUAAACUAGUAAGAUUAAGGAAACUAACAAUAUUUUCUCUCUAACAAAAGCGACGGCGAUAGCGAUACAUGUUCAGGGUUUUGAUGGAUCUUCGAGAUUGGGGUCCGGGAAAUCGAUGGAGGAGUGUAGAUUAUGGUUGUUUCGGUGUGAUCUACUCGAGGGGAAUCAAGGGAUCUCGGCAGAUUGGGGAAGGUGAUCAAUCAAAUCUCGGGAAAGUUCUGGUGAGGACGAUUCAGAGAAUCGGGUUAAGGGGUAUACGAUUCAGGGGAUCUCAAUUUAAGGAAAGCGAUGAUGGAGUCGCAUGGAUUUUGAUAUGGAUCUUCUUCAUUAUGCGAUCACAUGAAUCUUCAGGUUUUGGUGUUGUGUGGUUCAUCAUGACACAGGGACAGCUAUUGGGAACUGGUGGAGCCAUGAAGGAGGGAGAGAACACUCGGAAAAGAUUGAAGAUAUCGGUGCCGCAUUUUGAUAACUCGGCCCUCAUCAAGAUCUAUGCAAAGACCUUGAUUGGGAGGUGCAUGAAUCCAGCUGAGCAAGAGAUGCAGGCGCUGCUACAGAACAUCCCAAUGAUUUGGAAGUUUGAGGACCGUGUGGUGGGCACAGACUUGGGUCACGGGAAAUUCCAGUUUGAUUUUCAGACAAAGGAAGAGAUUGAAGAUGUUCUGAAGCUGCAACAAUAUCAUUUUGAUUAUUGGAUGCUGGCUCUUGCAAGGUGGCAACCUAGGAAGUCACAAUUGUUCCCGUCAGAAAUACCAUUCUGGGUCCGUGUGCGAGGUGUUCCAACGGAGUUUAGGACACUGCCCACAUUCGAGAGCGUUGGUGGCGCACUUGGGAGGUUGGUCUCGGUGGAUCUUGAGCUUUCAAGAGUUCAGGUGGUGGUGGAUGGUUUUCAACAACUCUGUUUGGAGACCACUGUAGAAUUCAAAGGAGGAGAGUUUUAUGAUCUCUCUACGGUACGAGAAACGUUUUGGAUUUUGUCCAAUUUGUGCUAGUCUGUGCCACAAGGAAGAGAGGUGUCCUCUUGCUAAACCAGAGGUGAAGCAGAGCCCGGAGAGGAAGAGGGAGAAUAGAGAUGGUAAUGGUGGGUGGUUUGAAGGUGGGAAACACGAGGAGAGGGCCAGGAGUUACAAGGGCGUCGUCAUCAACGGGAAUACGGGUAAUCAGCAGAAGGAAAGAGAUGGGAGAGAGUAUUAUGGUAAGGGCAAAGGGAAGAUGGUGGAGGAGAAUGAUCACAAAUGGAGGCGUGUGGCUGAGAAAGGGAACAAGAGCUCGCUUAAUAAUCGGGGAAAUUACAGAGGGGAUGGCGAGGGGUCUAGGCAGAGAAUGCCACGUAGAGAUGAAGCAAGAGUGGUUGCUCAGGAAGAAAGGGGCAGGGGCAUAUCUGGACAAGCAACUGGACAAGUCGGAGAUCAACAAUUGCUGCGAGGUUCCCGUGUGGAAGAACGGGAGGAUGGGGAGCUACAACGUUCUGAGGCUAGAGUUGGGAGAGGUAUUCAGACUGCUGAGGUAGCUCAACAGCAUCUACCUUCACAGGACUUUCAGGAGGAGCUAGCUAAGACUCAAGCAACAGGGGCAGCUGUCAUUUCGGAUCCUAUGGCAAUGUAACCGAGGUUGAUGCUGAUGCUGAUACAGACAAGGUCAUGGAGAUGGAUGAGAUAAGGGCGGUUUUUCUAGAGCAUGGUGUUGAUAUGGAUACGGUAGAUGAUCUCCCGGAAUGCUCUGAAGGGGAAAUGGAGGAAGCAUUGAGAGAGCUAGAGCAGGCAAGUGGGGAGGAGACUCGAAAGGAUGGAGAAGUGGCUAAUGUUGAGGAUGAGAAGGAUAUGGCUGAAGGUGACGUGGGGAAGAAACAUAGAACUCGAAAAAGUCUGUUCAAGCCGACGAUAAGUACUGCAGUCAGCACAAAAAUGAGAAUUGCCAAGGCUCUAGUUUCCCCACGUAAACGAGCUGCAGGUAAAACUGGAACGCGCCAUGGUGAAACCGGUAAGCAGAUGGAGAAUAAGGGCCCCUCAAACCCGAAGACAUGACCUCAUAAACCAUAAUUUUAUGGAUCAGAGCAUAAGAAUGAGAUGGAGAGAGCAGGGGUUGGCUCGUGGUAUUAGUAAAUUCAGGUUUUUAAUAAGCUCUAUGAGCAUUAUCAUAGUAAGCAUAAGGGUUAUGGGUAUUGUCAUUGUUAUGGUUUCUUCUUUUUUUUAUGAUUGUCAGUCAAGUUUUAAGUUUGAUUAAGUAUUGGAAUAAAAGUUGGGUCUGUUGGUUUUCGGUUUUAUGGUAUGAAGUCUCUUCAUUUGUUGGUUUUGUUUCUUAUCAAGUUUGUGGAUCACAGAAGAAUGAGGGCUUACAGUAUGAUGUUACUCGCAUUGAUCUAUGUUUGGUUGUCACUAAGGCAUUAUGGUUUUAUCGAGUAUCAUCAUAUGACAAUCUGUUGCAUCUCAUUGGGCAUUGUCUUUGGUGCAGGAACACCACAUUGAUGCUAUGGUCAGGAGUUACGGAGAGAUCUUGUUGGUUCAAGAAAGCUGGGCAGCAGAGAACACUUUUAUCUUCGUAUGUUUCAACCUCCCGGUCACAAGACGAAGAAAUAUAUGGAGUUUUGAUAUAAGUGGGCUACUGUGGCUUCUUGGAACGGCCUACUGGUUUGGGUAUUGGGAUGGUGUUUUCAGGCUCAAUAUCUGGACGCAUUCACUCUGUCGGGUCUCAUCAAACCCAUCACAGAGGGCACUUGCCAUGCGGGGAAUGGGCUUAAGCCGAGAGAGUCGAUCGUGGUUGACUCAAAUACGUUUACAGGGGAGUUUGCUGCGUCUUAUGCGAUGGGGUUGUUGAUCAAGGAAAAUAAAUCAGGACAGCUACAAGUACGGAAAGGAAUGUAUGGAUUUCAUUGGAUAGAAAGAAUCUGUUCUAUGGCUCUCAAAAUGUUAACUAUUGACUAUGCGAUUGAGUAUAUAUAUUUCCUUUGCAUAUUGCUUUGGUGUUGGGGUUUUAGAGGUUACGUUAAUGGUUAUGUGGGAUUUAUAAACCUUAAAAGUCAUUUUUUGGUAUGGUACAGCAUAAGGAAUGGUAUAUUAGAUCAUGUUUA